CUUGACAACAUUUCAAUGAGAAGUUUCGAAUGUAUAACGAGAACACACUUGAUUAGAAUAUUCCAUUUCGACAUAUCCCCGUAUCACCAUCAUCACCGUCACCACCAUCACCAAAAACAUCAACGACCACAUUUACCUUCCAUCAAUACUUGACCAAGAGUAUCGGUCCUUCUGGUAAUUACAUCUCACCCAAAACCUACUCCAUAACGAUUCAUCCUUGUUGCCCGAAGAAAAGACAACAAGAACAAAAAAAGAUAUCCAAAAAGAAAUAUCAAAAAAUGUCACAAGCACAUCCAUUUUUCCACAACACGAGUCUCGCCUUGAGCGUUUUCCCUCUCCUCUUCGGGGUCAAUGCCAUGUUCCGACCCACCGCUCAUUUGCAGGCACUCGGGUUUCCUCUACACGACGAGCCCACGGCGAAAAAGUUGAAUCUCGCGCUGAUGAGGAUCUGGAGUGUUCGAAACUUGUCCGUCGGGUUUCUGUUGGCUUUGAUCUGGAACACCGGGGAUGAGAGAUUGAUGGCGAAAGGUCUCGGUGCCGGAGUGGCCAUGUCCCUCACCGACGGGUUCGUGAGUAGGUUGUUGACGGGAGGUGGUGAGACUCAACAUUGGAUUUUCCCACCCGUGGUGGCGGUCGUCAUGGCAGGGCUGUACGGUUGGUUUGAUUGA